AUGAGGACGUGGUCGCCGCCCAGCUCGCGUUCAUGGAGAGCGCACCGCCAGGCCUGCCCCAGCGCCGACGAAGAAGUUCCCGCCGUUGCUGCUGCCGCCGCCGCUGCUCUUGUGCAGGUAAGGCGCCCGGGGCGGCGUGGGGGUGCAGGGAUGGCACCGCACGGCGAUGCCAAGUUGUCCACGCUUUUCCUGGCUGCCGUUUUCCGCAAGCGCGAUGGUCUCUUGCAGCUCCUUCCAUGGGGCGCCGCGUUGGAAAGUUUUCCCCGCUCGCUGCGAGCGGCGUCGCGACGGACGGCAGGGCACACUUGUCCCCUAACACUCUGUGCUCACCCGUCAGUCUCUGCAUGA